CUUGAAGUUUUGAAGGACAGACUGACGCGGGUCUCAACUCUCACGUGUAUUCCACUUCGCACACAGCACACCAUUCACUGUGUGUGUUUGUCUGUGCUGCGCUGCGUUUCUUCCACCAUCUUGCCCUGACCAAUUUUCUCCUAAAACUGUUAUUAGAUUCCAUUUCUUUUGAUCGAACGUUCCUUAUCAUUUGCCUCGUCGAUCCAUUUCUGGUUUUGGGUCCUGAUCAUAACCUCAAUUCUUGUUAUGGGAAAUUGAUGUGGUAUUAAUGGGAUUGUUGCCUCUGCCCAAAAAGGGAAUGGAGCAUCUUCCUGUUGAGGUCAUUGGCAACAUAUUGUCCCGGCUAGGAGCUGCACGAGAUGUUGUGAUUGCAUCUUCUACUUGCAGGAAAUGGCGAGAGGCUUGGAGAAAUCAUCUUUACAUGCUCACUUUUAAUUCGAAUGACUGGCCUCUUUAUCAUGAGCUCACACGGAGCAGACUAGAAAUAAUUGUAACCCAGACGAUUUUCCAGACUAACGGACUGCAGUGUCUUUCAAUUCUUAUGGAUGAUGUGGAUGAGUUUUCUGCUGCUCCGGUGAUUGCUUGGCUAAUGUAUACGAGAGAAACCUUGCGUGAGUUACACUAUAAUGUCAGGACUACCCCUAACAUUAAUAUACUCGAGAAAUGUGGUCGUCAGAGAUUGGAAGUAUUAGAUCUGGCACAUAAUACGAUUACGGGUGUGGAACCUAGUUACCAAAAAUUUCCUUGCUUGAGGUCUCUUUCGCUGAGCUAUGUCAGUGUAUCAGCGUUGGACCUCAGUCUUUUCCUCACAGCCUGCCCAAAAGUUGAGGUCUUGAGCCUCGUAAGUCUGGAUAUUGUUAUGUCUGAUCCGCAGGCCUCAAUGGAGUUGAGUACUAACUCUUUGAAAGAUAUCUACGUUGAAGCCAUUAGUUUGGAUAAAAUUGUUUUGGAGGCUGAUAGCCUUGAGAAGUUGCAGUUAAAAGAUUGUACGCUUGAAGUCUUUGAGCUUGUUAGCAAGGGGAAGUUAAGACUCCUUAAGAUUGAUGAUGUUAGUGUCAUCCAUCUUGAUAUUGGUGAGAGUGCUGAGAAUCUAGAGAUUGUGGACGUCAGCAAUUUCACAAUCAUGUGGUCCAAGUUCCAUCAUAUGAUAGCAAAAUCAUCGAAACUGAGAAGAUUGAGAUUAUGGGGAGUUGUGUUUGAUGACGAUGAUGAGGUUGUUGAUAUUGAGACUAUUUCUGCUUGCUUUCCUCAAUUAAGUCAUCUCUCGUUAAACUAUGAACUAAAAGAGGCAGCAGUUCAGUAUGGGUUGCAAAGUUCUUUUCAAUUGGAAAAUGUGGUUGUAUUGGAGCUUGGUUGGCCGGUGAUUAGUGACCUGUUCUCACAUUGGGUAGCAGGGUUACUGGAAAGAUGCCCUAAUCUGAGGAAGUUGGUGAUUCACGGGGUUGUUUCAGAAACCAAAACACAUGAAGAAUGCCAUACAUUAGCCAAAUUCACAUCUUUUAUUGUAAGGCUAAUGAGGAAGUAUUUGAAGAUAGAUGUUCAGUUUGAAUAUGACUAGAUUUUGAGCAACUGUACGCUGCCUCGGAAUUCACAUUUUUGUCAAAAGUCAAUAGCUCAAGGAGGUACAUGAUCUUUCUGGUGAUUGUUUCUGUUAUUACACGGAUACCAUACCGUUCCUUUUUUUAGUUGAAGUUGUGCUUCAACAUUGUAACUUACCCUAUUCUUUCAGUUCAAGUUCACAUACAUUCACGGUUAUGGUAUUCUUAUUGUUACUAGUUAGUGCAUCGAUGCACUCCCAUUCCUGGUGCAAAAAAAAACUUCUCUUUUCCGUUUCUGCUUUUCUGUUUUAUUUCUUGUUGUAAUGAAGUUUUUUUGGUUCA